AUGCCAAAAUCACAAUUCAUACCGGCCCGCAGCUCACGGCAUCGCAUUGCUGUUAUAGCUCUCUUUCGUGCUCUUCUUCGUGAGGGUCGCAGCAUAAACCUACCCAAGGAUGUACAUAGGAAAGGCAGGAGCCCCGUCGCGGAGCUCGUCAAGAGGGGCUUCGAGCGCAACAAGGCAGACGUGAGCCCACGGCUGGUGUUCGCUGCUCUGUCGGCAGGCUACAAGUUUCUCACGUUCUUCAAGAACGCCCAAACAGAGGGUUCGAAUGAGCACAACGACAUCCUUGCCUACCUCCGCGAAAAGAACAAAUUGAUAGCGAGAGCGGAAGCGAAGCAGCGCCCACGACGGAAGCCACGCCAGCUCAAACCGGAUUACAAACCCCUCCUCCAAAAGGUGUCCAAACCAGACGAGCCGCCCGAGUACAUCUCGCCGAUAUUCCCCCGACCGAGAGAUAGCUUCAAGGGUCGCAGGAAGAUCCCGCACCUGAUCGCGACGGCUUCGCAGCAUGUUUUCCUGCGGCACAAGAGAGGUCCGCAGCCGCUUGCGGUGGGUCACGUUCUGCGUCGCAAACAGGCCCGCAAGGUGAAGCUGGACGAAACGAUGCUCGACCUCAAGGACGACAUGCUAUUCGAAGCUCGGUCGGAAGAUACGUGGGACAGGAUUGUCGAGGAGACGCUGAGGGAAAACGGCGCCGGGAAGGAGGAAAGCAUGAAGCGUAACGAUGGUCCACCGCCCUUCAAAUACGCCGACAGCAUCAGCGAUUCGUACGAGCACCUAUCGAAUUCGAUCACAACAUGGCGAGCAGAGGAGGUGGCGAAGAUGAAAACGCUGGUCGAAGCUGUGAGAGGGGAGGAAGAGCUACUGGCACAGGAGGUUGAGGAGGCCAAGCAGUACGGCGUGAGAAUUAUACCGACUGAGCUGGAGAGGAUUAAGCCGUACCUUGCGCAUCGGAAGGCGAGGAAGACGAAGAAACGACUGGGUAUCAAACAGCGCAAGGUAAAGAGGUGGCAGAGCAGAUUUGUUGGUUUGCAACCUGAUCCGAUCAAGAAGUAA